UUCUCAUAAAGACCCUCCCCUUCGAUAAGCUAUAAAAUGAGACUGAAACAGACGUUAUUUCAUUCAGCUCCUGAUCAAAGAUGGAUCUGCAAAUCUCAGUUUUUCUUCUGUUCGUUCUCUUCACUGCAGGACACUCUCUCAGCUGUUAUGAGUGUAUGGGUCUGACGGGUUCUUGUGCGGAUCAAAAAGUAAAAACAUGUCCCAGUGGAUUUUCCAAGUGCAUGAGUUUAACAACAGCUGUACAAAGUGGUGGCUUUAGUGCUAAAGUGAAGAUUAAAGAUUGUGCUCCUGACUGUGCAAUUGGAUCCAUGAACUUCGGCAUUGGAAAGACAUCUUUAGCGUGCUGUAACACAGACCAGUGUAACGUCCAAGAUGCUCCAGAUCCCUCUAAUGUCCCCAAUGGAAAUAAAUGUUACUAUUGUGAUGGACAGAGCUGCUCAAACACAGUGAGUUGUUCAGGGAUUGAAGACCGCUGCUUUAAAGCAACAGGGAGUUCUGGAGGCCAGUCUAUAAAAGGCUGUGUUUCUAAAUCUAUUUGUGAUGCUGCUACACCAGUUGGUGAUGUUCAGGGUGUCUCGUGUUGUUCAGGGAACCUGUGUAACGGUGCUCAGAGCGUCACUCAGAGCUUCCUGUUCCUCUGCUGUUCUCUGGUCUCCUUCAUCCUGCUGCACUGAAUCCAGCAGCUCUACACAUUCUACAAUGAGACACACUGUACUGAAUAUAGAGAUGGAAUUUUCUCUGUACAACACAUCUUUUGUGUCCUGAUAUGAUUUUUUUUAUGACAUUCUGAUGUGACAUUUCUUUAAAUAAAAUACUACAUUACCUUG